UAAAACCUUGUUGAGACUUGUUACAUCCCCCUGGGGAAAUGGUUUCUUCUCCCUCAGGGACCCCUGGAACUCCUGUCAUGUAGUCUGACCCUUCCUUCCCCUUCUGACCCCAUUGGCUGUGUGCCAGCUGGCCCCUCCCUCAGAAAUCCUGAGAAAAAGGGACCCCUGUCCCCCGGGAGCUCUCUCUCGCUCUUGGGACAUCAUCCUGGAAUAAAGACUUGCAGCUAAAAGGGUAAGAGAGCCUCUUUUGAAUCCUUUUCCUGUCUUUCUUGAUAUAAGCCUACUAGGCCUGAGAAAGGCUGAGCUAGCUGAGACACUUUGAAAGAUAUAAGUUUGUAUCAGAGACUGUCUUCAUCUUUGUUGCCCUCUAAAAUAGAGAAAUUAAUCUCCUGACUAAGUUACCGCUUACUUUAUCUUCUUUUAAAAAUGAAUAAUUCUCUUCUGAGCAGUUCACUAAUAACAACAACAGCAGAUCUCAUCUGAACAGAGUGUAUGUGUUUCAAAACAGACACGUUGUGCUCUGGUCAUGACAUCAGCAUUUGCCUUGUAAGCCUAUGUCAGUAUUUGCCUGUGCAAGCAUUGCACUUGCUCUACCAGGAAUUUCUGCAAAAACAAUAAUUAAGAAAAAAACAAAACACAAAAAAGAAAGAAAGGAGAAAAAAAAAAAGGAAAACAUAACCAUGCAAUAGUGUGUUAUCAUAUGGAAUUUCUCUAGAGAGUUGGCUGCUUCUUUCUCCAUCUGGCCUCAGAAAGAAGGAGGAGUAUAAUAAGGAAAGCAACUGCAAACUAUAGAGAUCACUCACUGUUGUUUUGUUCAAAGACAUAGACAGGACAUUAGUGUUUGCAGAUGCUCUAUAAAGAUAAAAGACUAAAGCCAAAUGGGAAGAAAUUAUGAUGUGCAUUACAUAGAGGGUGAGCCAGUUAUUCCCUCAGUUACACCAUUGCAAAUCCCAUAAAUUUAUUUUCAUUGUCAGAAUGAGAUAAUGGUUGGUCUUAAAGGAAAUGAGGACUAGUGAAAUUGAGGGGAACUGAGAAGACACCAGAAAAAAAAUUACAUCAAAUAAGAAAGUGUGAAAUAAAUUAUGCUAUGAAAAGAAAAACUAUUUUGUUAUAGAAAGAAAUUCAAAGGGAGUGAAAAUCCCUUUGUUAAGGGUUAAAACUCUCAAUUCUGUAAUUUGGUCUCAGUAUGCAAACCUUGUGAGAAGUUAAUCAACCAGUUUUAAUGAUAAUACUUCUAAAGAAAAUAAUAGUAUCUAAUCUUAGUAGCUCUAACUGCAGUAAAAAAAAAUUUAAAGACUACCUGUAGAAUGAACAUGAAGACAACUUUGAGUUUUUCCUUUCCUGUAUAACAGAGGGCAUUAGAUUUUUGAACUGACAUCUCUCAUCUCUUCACACAUUACCACAUAAUAAUUAAAAAAGGAAAGAAAGUCUCAGGCAUUCUUUAAUUCUUCCCUUUCUCCCUCAGAGAAGCCAUGGGACACAGUAAUCAAUUUAAAAGGUCAAAAUAAGCAAGGUCAAAUGGCUCCAUUUAUUGUUACUAUUAAUCUCAGUUACAUUUGUAAAUAAUUUUCAUAUGGGAACUUAUCUUUCUACUCAGCAAAGAUGUGGCGGUUUAGUUCCCUCACCUUUUUUAUUAUCUCCCCUUUUCCUCUCAUUUUUUCCAUCCUUUCAUUAGUGCAUUGUCAUGAAGUACUAAAUAUAAGGAACUCAGAAUUGGCCCCAUUGUCUGCUUUAACUAGGGUAAAAUGCAAAAAAAAAAAAAAAAAAAAGUAACAAAAUAAAAUACCUGAUCUCUAAAUAUUUGAAAUUACUUUAUCUCUCUUCUAUUUUUUACCUUUUUCAUGUCUAAAUAUGAAAGAUUACCUGAAAUAUCAGCUAAGCAGGGAAAUAUUAUCCUAAUAAAUGAGCAUGCAAGUAUGUGCCUGGUAAGUUAUUUGAUUAAACAGGAAGCUAGAAUCCUAUAGCUAUCCACAAAUAAAGCCCCAAAUCUAAAUGACUGUAUCGUUAGCUCAUUUGUAAACUGUUCCAGAUGUAAGAUUUUGGCAGCUUUCCAGUAGGCUGGCUGCAGUCUGAGCUUUCCUGCAUCCGCAGUGAGAACUGCACUGCCUGACUCUUCAAGGAAAAGCUGCACAAGGCUGAUGACAAAUUAUAUAAAGUAACAACCUGCCUGCCUGGCAAAGAGGAAUCCAAACAGAUCCCCGGGCAGAGAAUGCCCUUUUUCCUGGGGCUAAGCCGUGUGACCUGGAUGAGUGAUCGAUCUGCAUUAUGCAUCACCAGGUGAAAGCCCCUCUGAGGAGAUCAUUAAGUGAUCAUAUCAGAGACUCCACUGCUAGAGCCUUGGAUGUUAUCUGGAAAAACACGAGGGACAGACGACUGGCAGAAAUCGAGGCCAAGGAAGCUUGUGACUGGCUGCGGGCUGCUGGGUUCCCGCAGUAUGCACAGCUUUACGAAGAUCUCCUUUUUCCAAUUGACAUUGCUCUAGUCAAGCGAGAGCAUGACUUUCUGGACAGAGAUGCUAUUGAGGCAUUAUGCAGGCGCUUAAAUACUUUAAACAAAUGUGCAGUGAUGAAGCUAGAAAUUAGUCCCCACAGGAAAAGGAGUGAAGAUUCAGAUGAAGAUGAACCUUGUGCAAUAAGUGGCAAAUGGACUUUUCAGAGGGACAGCAAGAGGUGGUCGCGGCUUGAAGAGUUUGAUGUCUUCCCUCCAAAACCGGACUUUAAUAUCCCGUCCCCAGAAGCGCCUCACCUGACGAGCGCAGCGAGCCGGGAGAGUGUGCUCACAGACCUCAGCGAACGCCAGGAGGUGGCUUCUAUUCUGAGCAUCAGCAGCACCAGCAGCCACCAGCCAACCCUGCAGAGCGAGGCCUCUACCACCAGGACAAACUCCAUAGUGAGCGUUUGCUCCUCCAGCAAUUUUGUAGCCAACGAUGACUCAUUCAGCAGCCUGCCCUCGCCCAGGGAGCUGAAUAGCUUCAGCUUCAACACAAAAGCCAACGAGAAGAACGCCAAGUCCAAAACAAAGAGCCUGCUCAAGAGGAUGGAGAGUCUUAAAAUCAAGAGUUCUCACCAUGGCAAGAGCAAAGCUCCUUCAAAGCUUGGCCUGAUUAUUAGCGGGCCAAUCCUGCAGGAGGGCAUGGAUGAAGAUAAACUGAAACAACUUAACUGCGUGGAGAUUUCCACCCUCAACGGCAAUCACAUCAACUUCCCUAUGGUACGAAAGAGGAGCGUCUCCAACUCCACCCAGACCAGCAGCAGCAGUAGUCAGUCUGAGACGAGCAGCGCUGUCAGCACACCCAGUCCUGUCACACGAACACGCAGCCUCAGUGCCUACAAUAAAAGAGUGGGCAUGUACCUGGAAGGCUUUGACCCCUUCAAUCAGUCAACGUUCAGUGAUGUGAUGGAGCAGAACUUCAAGAACCGGGGCAGUUUUGCGGAAGACACGGUGUUUUUUAUUCCUGAGGAUCAUAAGCCCGGCACUUUCCCCAAAGCACUCUCCAAUGGCAACUUCUCCCCUACAGAAAGCAACACCUCUGUGAACUGGAGGACAGGGAGUUUCCAUGGACACGGCCACCUCACCCUCCAGAGGGAGAACAGUGGCGACAGUUCCAAAGAGCUAGGCAUGGGUAAAAGGCGCAACUCCUCCAGUUCAGUGAGCAGCCGCCUGAGUAUUUAUGACAAUGUGCCAGGUUCAAUCCUGUAUUCCAGUACAAGUGACCUGGCCGACCUCGAAAACGAAGACAUAUUCCCAGAACUAGACGACAUCCUGUACCAUGUCAAAGGGAUGCAGAGAAUAGUGAACCAGUGGUCAGAGAAGUUCUCAGAUGAAGGGGACUCUGACUCAGCACUUGACUCCAUCUCCCCAUGUCCUUCCUCUCCAAAGCAGAUUCACCUUGAUGUAGAUAAUGAUCGAAGAACCCCAAGUGACCUUGACAGUACAGGGAAUUCGCUGACUGAAACGGAAGAGCCCACAGGGAUUCAGGACAGGAGAGACUCUGGGGUUGGUGCAUCGCUGACACGUUCCAGCAGGCACAAGCUAAGGUGGCACAGCUUCCAGAGUUCCCACCGGCCCAGCCUGAGCUCGGCAUCGCUGCAGAUCAACUGCCAGUCGGUGGCACAGAUGAACCUGCUGCAGAAGUACUCUCUGCUGAAGCUGACUGCUCUCCUGGAGAAGUACACGCCUUCCAACAAGCAUGGUUUCAGCUGGGCAGUACCAAAAUUUAUGAAAAGAAUAAAGGUGCCAGAUUAUAAAGACCGAAAUGUCUUUGGAGUACCCCUGCAAGUGAAUGUGCAGCGCACAGGGCAGCCUCUCCCCCAGAGCAUUCAGCAAGCCAUGAGGUACCUCCGCAACCACUGUCUGGAUCAGGUUGGACUGUUCAGGAAAUCUGGAGUCAAAUCAAGAAUCCAGGCUUUGCGUCAAAUGAACGAGAGUUCCACAGACAGUGUCAACUAUGAGGGCCAGUCUGCCUAUGAUGUGGCAGACAUGCUGAAGCAAUUCUUCCGUGACCUCCCUGAGCCUCUCAUGACCAACAAGCUCUCUGAGACCUUCCUGCAGAUAUACCAGUAUGUGCCAAAGGAUCAGCGUCUCCAGGCUAUCAAGGCUGCCAUUAUGCUUUUACCUGAUGAGAACAGGGAAGUCCUCCAGAUUCUUCUCUAUUUCCUGAGUGAUGUCACAGCUGCAGUGAAGGAAAACCAGAUGACACCAACAAACCUGGCCGUCUGCUUAGCACCUUCCCUCUUCCACUUGAACACUCUCAAAAGAGAGAAUUCUUCCCCACGGGUGAUGCAAAGGAAACCAAGCCUGGGCAAACCCGAUCAAAAGGACCUAAAUGAAAAUCUGGCUGCAACCCAAGGGCUAGCUCAUAUGAUUGCUGAAUGCAAGAAACUCUUCCAGAUACCAGAAGAAAUGAGCAGGGGUCGGAACUCGUACACGGAGCAGGACCUGCGUCCCCUCAGCCUGGAGGAGCUCCGGGGCAGCAGCAGCAACACUGAGCCCUCCGACUACCACUGCUACCUCCAGGACUGCGUGGAGGACUUGCUCAAGGAGAUGAAGGAGAAGUUUAAAGGCUGGGUCAGCUGCUCCACAUCAGAGCAAGCAGAGUUGGCAUACAAGAAGGUGUGUGAAGGUCCCCCACUCCGAUUAUGGAAAACUACAAUUGAAAUCUCAGCUACACCAGAGGAUGUUUUAAAUCGUUUACUUAAAGAGCAGCAUCUUUGGGAUGAAGAUCUUAUAGAGUCAAAAGUAAUUGAGCCUUUGGAUAGCCAGACAGAUAUAUACCAGUAUGUCCAGAACAGCAUGGCACCUCACCCAGCCAGGGACUUUGUAGUCUUAAGAACAUGGAGGACAAACUUCCCCAAAGGAGCCUGUGUGCUUCUAGCAACCUCAGUGGACCAUGACCGGGCUCCUGUGGCAGGUGUCAGAGUCAAUGUGCUCCUGUCGAGGUAUCUGAUUGAGCCCUGCGGGUCAGGAAAAUCGAAACUUACCUACAUGUGCAGGAUUGAUUUAAGGGGCCACAUGCCAGACUGGUACACCAAGUCUUUUGGACACUUGUGUGCAUCAGAAGUUGUUAAGAUACGAGACUCUUUCAGUCAGCAGAGUCCUGAGAGCAAGGAGGUAAAAUCCAGGUGACUACUGAAGAGGAACAGCCAUGUGCUGCCCACCUCAGCAGCACAGACAUUACCCAGAACUGAGACGUGCGUGCUGCAGACCAGACCUGAGUUCCACCUGCAAGUUGUGUCAUGAAGGGAGGACAGCGUGGCAACCUGACUGUGGCCACACCAUACACUUUAAAGCUGCUUCCUGUCUGUGUAAGGUCUCUAAUGUAGGCCUCGACUGGAAUACAUAGGAGAACUGUGCAUAAAAAUAAAAAUUAAAAAAAAUACUAUUAGAUGGUUUGAAUUGCUUCUGAGAAGCAAAUUUCUUUAAAUGCAAAUAUAUUAUGAAAUAUGGUGAAGGCUCAUCAUUCCCAUGUGAGAUACUUAGCUUUAUGUACAUACUCAUGUCAUUUUAUUUGUAGUGCAUUGAGGGACUGGUGUAUCCACUGGAAUAGUUGGUACUCUUCAAUGUAUUCUCACUGAGAUAAGCAGAGAAAGGUUUGCACAGAGAUUAAAGUGUGAAUGAGUGUGUUAAUGGUUGAAAGGAUAGAAGAAGUUGAAUUUGAAAUGUGUCUGGUACACUGAUAGGAAACCAGAAUGGAUUUUAGUAUGCUGGAUACAGUUCAACCUAGAAUGGGACUCCCCUGUGGACCAGGAGUAGCCAUCGUUCGAAUGUGCUAGUUCUGCCUUUUCCUCAGCUCUAAACUUGUUGAGAACCCUAAACAGAUGUUACAAGAGGCUUGCUUCAGCUACUGUCUACUCCUUACCCAGAUGAUCUUUUAGGAGUGAUGAGCAAUCCUAUAGCAAAUAUAAGUAAAUAUACUUUAAAGCAACAUAACAGCUUAGAAAUGAAAUGUCUGCAACGGUGAGGAGAACCAAUAACAUCAGUUGUUAAAAACAGAAAAUGUCCAUUGUUUUUAUUCCUACCUGCGUUAUCUAUAGGUGUUUUAAUGAGCUUUUAUAUAUCUUAUUUUACUCUAAUGGCUCAAGAGGAAAAAAGUCAACACUGGAGUUGUGGUGCCAGGAGGUGGCAGGACUCCUGCAGUAGCAGCUGGGGUGACUUGGCUAGGGAAAGUCACACAAACUCUUUCCCUUUCUCACCCCUCUGCCUGUUUUCCUAAAAGCUGCAUGUUAACAUGAACAGAACCCGCAUGUGAGCAGUUUGGAGGGUUAUAUUUGGGAGCAGAAAGGAAGAUGCAGUUUUGUCUUCGGUUUUGUUGUGUUUCAAACCCUUUGGGAUAUUUUCCCCUUCUUAAGAAUCAACUUAUAGGAACUGUAGGAAGUCCUGAGGUCCUCUGGAAAGAUGUCGUUCUGUAGGUUUUACUGUAAAGGUAAAGAUUCACUUUCAAGGUGCAGUAUUAAAUGAUAAAUGUAUUUUGUGGCUAGAGUAUGAAUGAGUUGCAAGAUGGAAUCUUGACUGAGACUUUUUUACCAUUGUCAGUAUUAUUUUAAGCUUUUUGGUGAAGAUUUUUUUUAUAAUGGCAAAUAAUGUAGUACUUCCAGUAACAAUGUUCCUCAUGAGUAGGAAAAUCUUGUAUAUUCUACAUCAAACACUUUUGAAUUUGUAAAAUUGUAUGUUGUACAUACCAUUCUAUUGUAAACAUGUAUACUUGCCCACAGCGUACUGUCAAACAUAGAUUAAGCAUGAUAAAGAUUAUUUAAAAUAUACCUGUAUUUAUACCUCAGAUAUUCUUUUCGGGUUUUUGUACCUCAAGUAUGUUUUCUAUUGUAAAUGUGCUUUACAUGAUGAGUAUGAUCUACGCGAGAGAAAGGAAAAUGUUUAACUUGCUAUAGAUGUCUGUACAGAAUAUACUCAAUAAGUGCACUAUUAAAUGUUUAAAAUUGGA